AUGAAUCCUUCCAUACAACUUCAGAAGCGAGAAAAUGCAAUUGAAAAUGGCGACUAUUAUGAUUAUUACGAUGAUAACGAAAUAAAAACAAUGCACAGAACCCUAACUAUUGAAGAAGAAGAAAGAAAACGUACAGCCAAACCACCAGGAAUCAAACCACCAAAAUCGAUGCAGCAAACUAUUGCUGAGUUCAUUUCAACAACCAAUUUUCCUCAAUUACCAGUUCACUUACGAACUGACACGACAACACUUACACCAGCUCCAUCCACCAAUCGUCCUUCAACUAAUGAACGACCAUUCUCUGGUCCACUCAACUUCGUGCAGCCUGAUCAACCGUUUCAGGUUGGUCGAAAUGUUAUCGUUAAUAGUGGUGGUCAGUCGAGUUCAUUACGCCUCAAGUUUGAGAAUCUGCCGUCGUUACCUUUGAGGGAUGUAUUCGUAGGUCAUAUUCGAAUUGCUGAAAAUGUUUCAUCAACUCAUAAGCAGCAAGCAAACAAUGAAAGUUCAGACUUCGUUUCAACACUGAGACCUGUUAUCAAUGAUGAAACAUCUCUGAAACAUGCAGAUGUUAUGAAUAAAAUCGAGCUUGAUCUACUGCAAGCAAACCCAUCAUUUAGCACUGAUAUUGCAGUCAAUGAUUCCACGAAGCCACAAUUGACCUCAGAUACGAUAACAGCAACACUAUCAUCAACGACAGUAACAAAACAAACAGCCACUCCAAAUUCAUCUCUAAGUGAUGAUUCAAAUCAAUUCCAAAUCUUGUCGGUGCCAUCUAAUGAAUUUGAAAUUGUCGACGCAGCCUCCGCACUUAACAAAGAUUUUUCUCUUGCAAGCUUCGUUGAAACAACCGAUACUUCUGUGUCUACAGAUGAUAAGAAUUUGAUCAUUCCAACAACCGCAAAUCUACAGAUGCCAACAGAAUCGUCCGAAAGGCAUAUCACUGAGAACAAUUCGAGGAAUGCAAGCAACGUGCUUCCAAAUGCUGUUUUAUCGUUUGUGGAUGCAAAUAUUCAAGAUAAAUUUCAUGUCGGCCACAAUAUUGUUCGACUGAAACUGAAAACUAAUGAAAUAUCAACUCCAACACAUAGUCCUGAAAAUUUUGUGAAGAGCUCGUUCAAGAACUCACUCUUAAAUCCAUCGAUAGAGAUGCUUAAAAAAGCGAAGCUACUUGAAACAUCCGAAUCUCCCUUCCCUUUUAAUGUCCAUCAGCAAUCGUCUGAAAACGAGCUUCCGCCUCACAAGCCUGCGAUACACAAGAAUCGCAACCGUAAACUCAAUAAAAAAAAACUGAAGGUUCAUGUAACAUACGAGACACACUCCACCACAGAGCAACCGACCACAAUCGCUGACGAUAAAUCCCCAGUUAACCAAGCAAACACCAACUUCAAAAUUACUCCUGCGAUCAGCUUCACCACACAGCCUUUACCCUCCUUAUCUGAGCAAACCACAACUUCUCAACACUCAUCUGGAUAUGCUGACGGCAGUGAUCGUUCACUCCAAGACAAGCAAUCAUCAGAUAAGCCCGUAUCUGAGCGUCUAAUUGCUGAUAUAGAAUCAUCCUUUUAUAGCGAAGCUGCUCCUGUAGAACAAUCUAAAGAGCAACUUGAAAGCGUUACUACCCACGUGGAUCAAGACCAAACGUUCAGAAUCGAUGUGAGUAAAAUGCGAUCGAUUCUAGAUAAAUACUUACCAAAGCCAUCGUCCACGUUGGAAACGUCAAAAGAUGUUACUGUUGGCUUCUCGCAGGAGGCAUUCAGUGAAAAACAGCGCAAUAAACUGAUUGAUGAUAUUCUUUCAGCAAUUGAAUCAGUGCAGAAAUUCAGUGAAAGCGUGCGGAGGGAAAUGCGACAAGCUAGGUUGUAUGGUUCAUUUGCAUCUAGCGAUCGUGAUCCUAGUUCAUCUGUGAAGGUUAUAUCCACCACUAACAAAAAUCCGUCACAAAUCACAAGUGGAAUAUCGUCGAUAGGUCUCGCUGAUUCUUUGCAGAUUAAAAAUGGUGCUGUUUUUGUUCCUUUACAAAGAGCUCGUAUUGCGUUAGCCACUGCACGUUUCGUUCGACCAGACCAGCUGCGAAAACUUCAUCAUUAG